AUGUCACAAUCAUCUUCAUCUUCAAGUGACUCUGAUUCUUCAAUCGAGUUCGAUCCAAUCUCAUUAACUUCAAUCUCACAAACUAACAACAAUCUAACAACUUCAAACGAUCAUACCGAUCCUUCUCAAGUUCAAGCUUCAACUCUUCCUACUACUCAACCAAUUCUAGAUAAUCAAUCUGAUUCAAGUGAUCCAGAUCCAAAUAACCCUUCAAACCAACCUGUUCCAACACUCGCAAAUCUAAUUCGAGAUCUACCACCUGUACCAGCAGCAAACGCGACCCCCAAAACACCUAACGUAUUCGGUUCAAGUAGUGAAGAUGAUGACGACGAUGACGAUGACGAUAUGGAUGAAGUAGAAGCACCCGUUCUCAAUCUCUCCAUCGAUCCUCAAUCGCUUCCCACAUCAAAUCAAAAUCCUCCUACAGCUGCUACUCGUAGUUGGAUGAGUCAACGCAAAGGAAAAGCGAUAUUGAUCGAUGGAGUUGAUCAUAGUAAUACAAUGAUGGAAGAAGAUUCAAAUGAAGAAAAUUCAAGUAAUGGUCAAAUUGGAAGUGCUCAACGGAUACGUGAACUUGGUCUUGUUGAUGAACAAAUCGCUGCAUUACUUGGUAUGGCUUCAAAGGCAUUAGAAUGUUUAUCACCUCCUCCACCUUCAGCUAAACUUGAGGAUUCUAAAUCGAUUCAAACUUUCUCCGAAUCGAUUCAAGAAUACUUUACAACACUCAAUAACGUCCAACUUGGGUUACGUACUUCUAUCGUCCAUUUACGCGCAGCUCGUAUCUCUACCCGAAUUCUCUUUGAACCACCACACAGUAACGUUCCAGAAACUUCAAAUAAAUCUCGACUGAUGAGGUACAAAAAAUUGAUCCACAAAACUCUUACAAGUGAUCGAGAAUACAUUGAUCCCGAAGUAAAGCCGGCGAACCCAGGU